AUGGAAAACGAUUCUAAAAAUUAAACUUACCAAAAUUAAAGAAUCAAAAAUAAUUGCAAAUACUAUUUAUAAGGUAGAUGCACUUAUGGGAAUAAUUGCUACAAUAUUCAUGCAGAUGUUGCUAACAAGAAACUCUCUCCUGAUUAAUAUUAGAUAAAAUGGGUAAGCGAUGAAGAUUUCUAAGUAGAUUAAAAGGAAAUUGAAAGGUAUAAUAUAUAGCUUAAUGUUCCGUUUUUGUAAACAAAUAAUAAUUAAGAAAUUAUAUUAAUCAGACAUGGGCUUUCUUACUAUAACUAUGUUUCAUCAGAUUUUUAUUAUCGCACAGGAUUUUCAUUUUCAGAAAAACCCUCUAGAGAUGUCUACUAGACAAACCCGGCUUUUAUUGAUUCGGAAUUGCAUCCUUAUGGAGUGCUGAUGAGUGAAAACUGUGCUAAAAAUCUAUACGAUAUAAACAUAUCAGUUGUUUUUAUUUCUCCUUUAGCUAGAGCAUUAUAAACGGCUUUCCAUUUAUUUAAAAGUCAUCCUAAUUAAGCUAAUAUAAAAUUUGUAGUUUUACCUGAUCUCACAGAAAUAUUAAGCAAAGUUUAAGACAUAUCAAAUAUAAGAAAAUAAAUUGAAAUUUAUGGAAAAGUAUUUGAUUUUUCUCUAAUGAAAAAUGAUUUUGAAGAAAAUUUAGAAUUUUGGUAAGUUCUUAAUUUGCAUGACGAGGAAGAAAAAAAUAUAAUUUUGAAUAGAUACACAUACGAAAAUAAAAAUAAUCAAUAGCCUUAAAGCAUCUCUGAAGUAAUCUUAAAAAUAAUGAAUGAGAUCUUUCCAGCAGCAGUUGAAAAACAAAAAAAUCUUUACUUUAGGGCUGAUAGAGCUAGAAAUAGAAUAUUAAAUUAUGUUUUAGAAAAUAAAAUUGAUACAACAAAAUCUAAAAUAGUAUUAAUUACUCAUAAUGCUUUUAUACAAAAUUUUACAUCCAAAGGUAUAUCAGAAGAUGGGUAUGUCAGUAGAGGCAAAUCAAUGGUAAAUUGUGAAAUGAUAUAUAGUUCUCUUUAUAACUGA